AGCUCCUUGUUUUUUAUUUAUGUUUUGUUUCAGACUCUCUUUUGUUCUUCCUUCUGAAGACUGAUUCUCCACUCAACUCUCAUUUGUACUUCCCUUAGCCAAAAAAAAAAGAAACCCUAAUUCCUCUUUUUUAUAUAUAUAUAUAGUAUUGAAGGAGUAGACGAAGCUUUAACGGUUUCUGAUCGAAGAUUUUGUGUUUCCGUCUCAGAUCGGUUCUACCGCAUUUCCACAAAAGUUGGCUGUGCGGUUUACUUUGCAAGCCUUCAUCCUUGAGUUUCUGCUCCGCUUAUAGUUGGACUAUGUCUGCUGACGCCAUGAUAAGCAUUCCUAAUGGAAAUAGCAAUGGCAAUGCACAGCCUUUUCCACAGCGAACUUACCAAGUUGUUGUGGCUGCGACUAAAGAUAUGGGUAUUGGUAAGGAUGGGAAGUUACCAUGGAAAUUGUCUGCUGAUCUCAAAUUCUUCGAAGAUAUCACUCUGACUACGUCAGACUCUGGGAAAAAGAAUGCAGUCAUAAUGGGUAGAAAAACAUGGGAAAGUAUUCCCCUUCAGAAUCGGCCUCUUCCAGGUCGUCUUAAUGUUGUUCUGACUCGUUCUGGAAGUUUUGAUAUUGCAACUGCUGAGAAUGUUGUUAUAUGUGGAAGCAUGACAUCUGCUUUGGAAUUAUUAGCUGCAUCUCCUUAUUGUGUUUCAAUCCAGAAAGUCUUUGUCAUAGGUGGCGGCCAGAUAUUCAGGGAAUCUCUUAAUGCAGCUGGAUGUGAUGCUAUUCACAUUACAGAAAUUGAGACAAGCAUUGAAUGUGACACUUUUAUGCCCGCCAUUGAUUCCUCUGUAUUCCAGCCAUGGUACUCAUCAUUUCCUGUGGUGGAAAACAACACCCGAUAUUGCUUCACAACUUAUGUUCGUGUGAGAAACUCUGCAGUUGAACACCUCAGUGAGAACUGUGAUCAGGUCUUUGAUAAUAAACCUGAUGCUGGUAAAUUUGAGGUAAAGAAGUUCUCAUUCCUGCCCAAGAUGAUUUUUGAGAAGCAUGAGGAGUACUUGUACCUGAAAAUGGUUCAAGACAUCAUAUCUGACGGUAAUCUUAAGGAUGACAGGACUGGGACUGGUACUUUAUCAAAGUUUGGUUGCCAGAUGCGGUUCAAUUUGCGAAAAACUUUUCCACUUCUGACAACUAAGAAAAUAUUUUGGCGAGGUGUUGUUGAAGAGCUGCUCUGGUUCAUCAGUGGUUCAACUAAUGCCAAGGUCCUUCAAGAAAAGGGCAUUCAUAUAUGGGAUGGUAAUGCAUCCAGGGACUUUCUUGAUAGUAUCGGGUUGACUGAUAGGGAGGAGGGUGACUUGGGACCCGUGUAUGGGUUUCAAUGGAGACAUUUUGGUGCUAGGUAUACUAACAUGCAUGCUGACUACACCGGACAAGGAUUUGACCAGUUGUUAGAUGUUAUUAACAAGAUUAAGAAAAAUCCAAAUGAUAGAAGGAUUAUACUCUCAGCCUGGAAUCCUUCUGAUCUCAAACUGAUGGCACUUCCACCUUGCCACAUGUUUGCUCAGUUCUAUGUAGCCAAUGGGGAGUUAUCAUGUCAAAUGUACCAGCGAUCUGCUGACAUGGGCUUGGGUGUGCCAUUUAACAUUGCAUCUUAUGCACUCCUGACGUGCAUGAUUGCUCAUGUUUGUGAUCUUUUUCCUGGUGAUUUCGUCCACGCGCUUGGUGAUGCUCAUGUUUAUAGCACUCAUGUUAGGCCCCUGCAGGAACAGCUUCAGAAACUGCCCAAGCCUUUUCCAAUUUUGAAGAUCAAUCCUGAGAAAAAGAAUAUAGAUUCCUUUGUGGCAUCUGAUUUCAAACUCAUAGGCUAUGAUCCUCGUGAGAAAAUAGAGAUGAAAAUGGCUGUAUAGAGCUCUUAUUUAGGUUCAGUAUACCCAAGGGCUCCAGUCCAAAUCUAGGCAGCAUCUGCACAGUUUUGAGGUAAAUUUAUGAUCCUUCAAUUAUGCAUUUGAUGAUUAGUUUCCUUUAACCGGUAUCUCUUAGGCCAUAAUUAAGUUUUUGUAUGUAAAGUAAUUUAGGUUAAGUAGUUUAUGGUGGAUGCUUGGAGUUGUAUAUAGUUGGUAUGUAUCCUUGCUAAUCUGUCAUGCAGAUGCUCUUCUUUUUGCCGCUUGUUGGUAUUUCUCUUUUUGCUAAAAACAUUGUAUUGGUAAUAACUGCAUAUCUUUUUCUAGCACAAUGGCUUUGUCUCACUGGAGGUGCAAAAUUAGAUGAUGUUCUAGUUGGUGUUGGCAAUAGAAUGAUUUGUCCCUUUAGCAGAUUAUCAGUCAAGUUGUAUCCCAUAAGAAAAUGUCAAUGCAAUAGAGAAAGGGUUCAUAAUCAUACAUGCUAAAAUGUGUUGAGCAAAUAGUUUCUUUCAGUCGGCCCUCAGCAUUUGACCCUGUGCAACUGAACGUUUGUUUUGGUAACAAUAUUUCAGGGCUGGUUACUGGAGGCUCAUGUUGAUGUAGAGACUUGUACUGAUAGCAAAAUAAAAAUUUGAUAGUUGGAUACAUACAAUUCAAGGAUGAUAUGUAGUAAGUGAGAAUCCUUUAGUUCCACAUUAUUCUUGUUGGUUCUAAGGUGAUUUAGGAUACUAUAUUAUCUUGUUUUUCAAGUUUAUUAUCA